UUUUUCCCGAAAUAUUUAACGUAAAUAAGGAAUAAAAAUUGCUUUCUUUUAUAUUACUAUUUUAUUUAUUUCUGCAGGUACAAUAUUUCUCGAAGUAUGGAAAAGACAGCAAGCCAGUCUGGCACAUGUAUGGCACGUCGAGAAUUUUGACAUGGCAGAACGAGAUCGUCCAGAAUUUUAUGGAACCGAAUAUUAUCUUGAUUCUAUUACCAAACAAAGAAAAGAAUAUUAUCCAUUCAGGCGGAGAUUUUUUAAAUAUGUAUUUUCGACUUUUGUUUUAAUUAUCAUGAUUUGUAUUGUCUUCAUCAGCGUAAUAUCCGUAGUGUUAUACAAACUUUACAUAGAAAUAAAUAUAUGCGAAGACGACGAAGAGUGUAACGAAUUUCAUAAUACUAUUAUCGCUUCUAAUUUAAACACAUUAUCUAUCAUGAUACUGGGAAAGAUUUAUAAUUUUUUUGCUGUUAAAUUAACCAACUGGGAAAAUCAUCAGACUCAAAGUGCUUACAAUGAUGCUUUGAUUAUCAAACUGUUUUCCUUUCAGUUUGCUAAUACAUAUACAUCGCUAUUUUACAUUGCAUUUUUUAGAAAAGAUCCAGGAGAAAGCGGGAUACUUGGAUUGGGUAAAGAAUAUCGAGAUGACUGUGAAGAAAAAGAAAACGAUAACUGUAUGGCACUUUUAUCUUUUCAGCUUUUAGUAUUGAUGAUUACAAAACUCAUUCCGAAACUUUAUUACGAUAUUAUUCUUCCAUGUUUAAAAAAUGCAUUUAAAUGUUGUACAAGAUCUAAUCAAAUCGACAUCAGUUCGACUCACCAUUAUUUGGUAAAAGAAAUGCUUAAACCACAAGAAGAAAAUUUUCGUUUGGAAGAAAUGACCGAAAAAGUUAUACAAUACGGAUAUAUUAUGAUGUUUGCUGCAUCCUGUCCAUUAGCACCGCUAGUGGCUUUAUUAUUUAAUUUAUUAGAUAUGAGAAUCGAUGCCAAAAGACUUUUAUGGUGGAACAGAAGACCGGUUGCAUACAGAGACAAUGAUAUCGGUAUAUGGUUCCACAUUAUUCGUUUUAUCAACAUUUUAGGUACUAUUACAAACGCCUUCCUAAUAGCAUUCACGUCUAAUCUCGGAAACUACUUAGAGUUUGGUUUAGCGAUGGUGGUAGUAUUUAUCUUUGAGCAUUUCAUAUUCGCCAUAAAGUUUCUAAUAGAUAUUAUUAUACCUGAUAUACCAGAAAGCGUUAUGUUGGACAGAAAAAGAGAUCGUUUCGUCAUUGCUCAUUUUAUGUCUGUAGUAUCAGACAGUAAUGAAGAUGCAAACUGGGCGAAUUCUCAAAUUUCUGAUCAGUGUCCAAAACGUUCGAUGAAACCACCAAAAUCUAUAAGAUUUGCAAAAAAUAAAAAGUGGGACACUCCGAAAUAAAUUUGAAAAAAUGAAGAUUUCUAUUAGCCUAUUCAUAUGCCAAGUUUUAUUACUUAUUUUAUGUAAUUUUCUUUACUCUUUUCGUUUUUGUUUCGAUUUUUUUCU